AUGGCGUCGGCACCCGGCCGCCAUCCACAAUUUAAUAUCCCCUUCAACGAGCCCGAGACAUCAUCGGCCGAGCGCAAAGACACCCACGGAGAAUGGGAUAAGGCUUCAACCGUGAAACCCGAUGAGGACGCUCAACUACAGCAAGCAGAGCAUGUGGGCAGGAGCUUGCCAGACGAGAAGGUCGGCGAGAAGGGCACUGAGCCUGAACCCGAAACCUUUGACAAAAUUGAGAUCACCGAGGAAGACUGCUACAGCGAGUUGGGCUAUUCAUUUCCCGAGUGGAAGAAAUGGACCAUCCUCACUGUGAUCUUUCUGGUACAACUAUCGAUGAAUUUCAAUACCAGUCUUUAUUCAAAUGGCCUCGGGGGCAUCUCGGAAGAAUACAAUGUCAGCAUGCAAGCCGCACGAUGCGGUGCUAUGAUAUUUUUGGUUCUCUAUGCCUUUGGCUGCGAGCUCUGGGCGCCCUGGAGCGAAGAAUUAGGUCGAUGGCCUAUCCUUCAGGCCUCCUUGACUCUGGUGAAUAUCUGGCAACUCCCUGUCGCGUUAGCGCCCAACUUCGCAACCAUUAUGGUGGGUAGAGCUUUGGGUGGUCUCAGUUCUGCUGGAGGUUCUGUAACGCUGGGGAUGAUCGCCGACAUGUGGGAUGCGGACAGUCAACAAUACGCCGUGGCUUAUGUUGUCUUCUCGUCUGUGUUCGGCUCUGUUCUCGGACCCAUCGUCGGCGGGUUCGUGGAAGAAUAUGUCAGCGAUUGGAGAUGGACAAUCUGGAUCCAACUGAUAUUCGGUGGCUUCGUUCAAGCCUGUCACUUUUUCUUCGUCCCGGAAACCCGUUCCACCAUCAUGAUGGAUCGGAUCGCCAAAAGAAGACGCAAGGCCACUGGUGAGAAUAUCUGGGGUCCUAACGAGCUGGAGCCUUUCAGCGACCGUUUCAGCGCCAAAGAGAUUCUCAUCACCUGGAUCCGGCCAUUCAAGAUGUUCCUGACAGAACCGAUCGUCCUUACGCUUUCGCUACUGAGCGGCUUCAGCGAUGCCCUCAUCUUCAUGUUCAUCCAGUCCUUCUCCCUUGUCUACAAGCAGUGGAACUUUGCGAUUUUUGCGGUCGGCCUGGCCUUCCUGCCCUUAGGGGUUGGAUAUAUCAUUGCGUGGCUCUCCUUCAUCCCGGCCAUCAGGCGCAACAUCAACGAAAGAAAGUCGAAGCCCGGCGAUGAAAGAGCGCAAUACGAGUCGCGCUUGUGGUGGCUUCUUUACACUGCCCCAUGUCUGCCUAUUGGCCUGUUCGGAUUUGCCUGGACCAUCCAAGGACCACCUAUCCACUGGAUCGGUUCCAUGAUUUUUGCUGCUCUUGUCGGUAUCGCCAACUAUGCGAUCUACAUGGCUACGAUUGACUAUAUGAUAUGCGCCUAUGGGCCAUAUUCCGCUUCUGCUACGGGUGGUAAUGGCUGGUCUAGAGAUUUCCUUGCUGGUGUGCUUACUGUCCCUGCCACACCAUUCUUUGAGAAUAUUGGAGGACGCCGUCAUCUCAAUUACGCCUGCACCAUCCUCGCCUGUAUCGCCACACUCCUCGUUGUGGCCGUCUAUGUUAUCUAUAUCUAUGGCCCAGUGUUGCGCAAGCGAUCGCCAUUCGCCCAGUCGCUUGCUAACGCGCGUGCCGACAACGAGGGCCGCCGUCUCUCUUACCUGCCUUCUGCAUCUGGAACAUCGGAGUCUAGACGACUUUCGAGAACGAAUACCAAUGCGAGCAGGGAGGCGAAUUCAAGGAGGCAGAGUCAAGCUGAGUUUGUCAGACGACAGAGUAUGCCCCGGCUAGGGAGUGGAAUGGUUCGAUAG